AUAAGAGCUCACCUCUCCCCUCUUCCCUGGAUCAGCUUGUUCCCCAAACCCAACCCUCGAGUCCUCGACCGCAGCACGCAGAGCGGCGCAGCCAUGGUGCUCGAGUCGACGAUGAUCUGCAUAGACAACUCGGAGUGGAUGCGGAACGGCGACUACUCGCCGUCCCGGUUCCAGGCGCAGGCCGACGCCGUCAACCUCAUCUGCGGCGCCAAGACCCAGUCGAACCCGGAGAAUACGGUCGGCGUCAUGACCAUGGCCGGCAAGGGCGUGCGCGUGCUCGUCACGCCCACCAGCGACCUUGGCAAGAUCCUCGCCUGUAUGCACGGCCUGGAGGUUGGAGCUGAAGCGAACCUGGCUGCAGCCAUCCAGGUCGCUCAACUGGCGCUGAAGCAUCGCCAGAACAAGAGGCAGCAGCAGAGAAUUAUAGUGUUCAUCGGAAGCCCUGUGACAUACGACAAGAAGAUGUUGGAGCAAAUAGGGAAGAAGCUCAAGAAGAACAACGUUGCUCUUGACGUUGUUGAUUUUGGUGAAGCUGAUGACGAGAAGCCCGAGAAGCUGGAAGCGCUGAUUGCUGCUUGUAACAGCAGUGACAGCAGCCACAUCGUCCAUGUUCCUCCGGGUGAACAUGCCCUUUCUGAUGUUCUUAUAAGCACUCCUAUCUUUACCGGUGAAGAAGGUGGAAGUGGUUUUGCUGCUUCUGCAGCUGCCGCUGCAGCUACUGGAGCUACUGGAUAUGAUUUUGGCGUUGACCCAAAUGUGGAUCCAGAGUUGGCGCUUGCCUUGCGGUUGUCUAUGGAAGAAGAGCGGGCAAGGCAAGAGGCUAUCGCGAAAAAGGCUGCUGAAGAAUCUUCUGGUGCUGACAAUAAGGAGGCCUCAAGCUCAAACACCGAUUCUGUUAUGGCUGAUGCAGAACCUGCCUCAAAUGCUUCUGCUGAUGAUAAGGGAGAUCAACCAAAGGAUGAUGAUGAUGCUGAUCUACUACAGAAGGCUCUAGCAAUGUCAAUGGACGAGGGAGCUUCAGGAGCUGCAGCUGUGGCUGAUGCCGCUAUGGCUGAAGCUGCUGCAGAUGACCAGGAUUUGGCAUUGGCUCUUCAAAUGUCUGUCCAGGAUGCAGAAAUGCCUGGUCAAUCUGAUAUGAGCAAAGUGUUUGAAGACAGAUCAUUUGUGACAUCCAUCCUUAAUUCGCUUCCUGGUGUUGACCCCAAUGAUCCAUCCGUGAAAGAUCUGCUGGCAUCAUUGCAUGGCCAAGCAGAGCAAGAGGAGAAUAAAGAUAAGUCGGACAAGGCUGACAAGCCUGAAGAUGGAAAGAACUAAACUCCCUUCGUAGCUUUGAUGUGCAUGAAGAAUUGAGGGUUGCAUGCAUUGGCUGCUUUUACACUUGGCUAUGAAUUUACUUAUCCUCUUGUAACCGUGUUGACGAUAACUUAAAUGCUGAGAGAAUUUGUAUUAUGCCUGCCCGCACAAACGCACAUGUAUGUUUAAGUGAUUCAAUGUUGCAAAUUCUUUUUGUAGACAAUGUUGUGGUCAACAUCUUUUGCUGCAGCAGUGAUCGUUCGUUAAA